UAUAUAGUAUACUCACGGAAACACACUGAGAUUACAUAAUACUAUCUUUCUAGUAAUUUCCGAUCCGAUUAACACAUUAAAACUCUGUCUCUCUCCGUCUCUCUCUCUGGAAACCCCCAAUUCGAUUUAUCGUCUUCUCUCGCUCAUCCCCAAUUCGAUUUUCCUCUCAAUCAUCUUCUCUUGCUCAUUGAAAACCCUAAUUUCAUAUACCCUAUCUUGCUCAUUAAAAUUCUAUUAAUUAAGAAUUCCCCAAACCCUAAAAAUCUCAUAAAAUCUUGAUAAAACAAGUAUGGCGAAUGAUGGUUCGACUUCUUCACAAUUCACGUAUUCAAAUGGUUCAUAUUUCCCUCUUCCUUUUCAUCUUCAACAGCAGCAGCAACAACAACCUGACCCAAUGGCUGCCUAUCAAUACCCUAAUUCACAUAUCCCUCCAACACCUACUUAUCAAAUCCCUCCUCCCGCACCAUCUAAAAUUCUAAUGCCUCCACCUAUGCAUCCUUCUGUUUAUGCCACUCCUGCCCCAGCAACCACUGGUUAUACUUUGCCACAAUAUCAACAGGCUCAACAAUUGUUCCAGAGAGAUGCAUUGUCAAUUACACCAGAAGCACUAGAAAGUGUAAAAGCUGCAUUAGCAAGCAGUGAAACUGAACACAAAGCAGAGACCAAAAAGAGGGCAAUUCCUCGUAAAGCUGCUGGACAGACUUGGGAGGAUCCAACACUUGCUGAGUGGCCAGAAAAUGAUUAUCGCUUAUUUUGUGGGGAUCUCGGGAAUGAAGUGAAUGAUGAGGUGCUUUCGAAAGCCUUUACAAGAUUUCCUACCUUUAACAUGGCAAGAGUUGUAAGAGAUAAGAGGACCGGAAAGACUCGAGGUUUUGGAUUUGUUAGUUUUGGCAAUCCUUUAGACCUUGCCGCUGCCUUGAAAGAAAUGAAUGGCAAGUAUGUCGGAAAUCGUCCUAUAAAAUUGCGGAAGAGCAGCUGGAAGGAGAGGACAGAUAUGGAGGCCUUGGAAAAACAGAAGCAGCAAUCUUAUAAGAAGCAAAAGCAAUCAAAGAAGAGUGUCCUACACAAGUGAAUCUGCAACAAGUAGACCACUGUUUCAAACUUCCUCUUCAAUUUUCUUGCAGCUCUUUUGUUCCUGUCGCACUAUGUAUCCCGUUUUGAACAUUAAUCCCACAUGGGACUGACAUGAUUAAAGUGUAUAUUGUAAGGUUUACAGCAACCCGAGUUUACUUCUACUGGUACCCUGAUAGGUGGGGCAUUUUCUACACACGUAAGAGGAACAAUAGUUAUUUGCUAUUUUCCUUGUAUUCCUAUUCUCAGACCAUGUUUGUUUUA